AUGUCUGUCAUCAAGUCAAUUAAAGGAAGCGAUCAACUUCUUCUCGAUGGUUUUCGUUAUCGUCGAGAUAGAUUAGUAUGGCGUUGUGUAAAAGCUAACUGCAAAGGGCGUGCUCGUCAUGAUGGAAAUAUUUAUCAAAUGUAUCAAGAUCAUAUAUGUCUAGCACCAGAUCCAAAUGAAAUUGAAAAUCUAAAAAUUUUAAAUUAA